AUGACAUUCUUCUCGACUUCAAAGCUCGCCAAUACUGAAUCCGAUGCCGACCGUCUUCGCGAUGAACAACUAGCCCUCAAUGCUGCCCAGCAGCCGUCCAUCUCGCUAGACUCUUCCACCACCACGCCCAUACCCAUGUCUCGACACACAAACUUGGUGCCGUCCCCGUCGUCGCAAAUGGCCGCUUCCCCGAUCGAUCGCGCCCAUUCCCCCUCGCGUAUAAAUCAAAGAAAUUCAGCCGAGGGUUCGGUCAAUGCGCUGAGAAUCUCCACAGAUGUUCUUUCGACAUCGCCUGGCGUAUCUUCCUUUCCCAACUACCGCGACAUUAUGGCCCCAAACACCCGCAACCUUUCACCCUCACGUAAUCCUUUGAACAGAACCACUUCGGCCAAUUCCGUACAGCUAGCGCGAACGCCCAGUCUGAAAGCCGCCUUGACGGGCACCUUUGCCUCGUCCAACGGCUCCAGCAGCAACAUCUCCAGUCCUGUUAUAAAUGCCAUGGGCGACGUCACCCCGUUGCCCAGCCCCCUCAUGUCAUCCGACUCGCCAGGUCCUUGGAAGCGUCUAAGCUUCACUUCAGCCUCUCCACCUCAAUAUCGAAGCAAACUUGACAUUGUUGGCGAAAUCGCCUCUCCCACUUCCAGCUAUCCCGACUCUCAGCCGACUUCUACCUCGCCAAAGCGCAAGCCCUACCUCGUCAACCAACAGCAAGAUUCGAUAGCCGUGCCGCCGCAGCCCAUUCCACCCACCAACAGGAAACCGCAUCACACGAGGAAUCGCAGCGUCAGCGAGUAUGUCCCCGACCCCAUCUCAGUCCAGAAGCGUCCUGUCGUCGUUUCUGGGACCCAUACAAGAAGGGACGGCACCGAGCACAGCGACUCCGGUCUGCGACGAGAGUCCAAUCUGGCCGAGUCGCGGGGUCUUACUCCAAGUGUGACCAAACCCCCUACGCCUCCUCCCAGCGAUUCGUCCAAGGACUCCAUGGACAGCCCCGUCAAGGUGCAGGACCCUUCUUUUGAGUACUUCAAGGCACGUAGCCGCAGUGAUCACAAGAACCGUCGCUGGAGAUCCCUUGGCUUGUUAGGUCGCGGCACGUUUAGUCGAGUCAUGCUGGCGACAAGCCAGAUUGUUCCUGACGGUGAAGGGCCGGAGAUGAUGGCAGGCGCGCCACCCGUGUGCCGUCUAAAUCGCAAAACGCUUGUUGCCGUCAAAGUGUGCGAGCAUGGCCCACGAGGUGGCGCAAGCGAAGACCGUGUUGAAAUGAGCCUCAAGCGUGAGCUAGAAAUCAUGCAGGUCAUUCAUCACCCUUCACUGCUUGACCUUAAAGCUUGGAGCAUUGAGCCGACACGAGCAAUCUUGGUCAUGGGGUUUUGUCCGGGCGGCGAUCUCUUUGACGUUACCACUUCGCAUCGCAAGAUCCUGACAUCGUCCUUGAUGGCCCGCAUCAUGGCGGAGCUCGUCUCCGCCGUCCAGUAUUUGCAUGACCAGAACAUUGUCCAUCGCGAUAUCAAACUGGAGAAUGUUCUAGUCAACAUUCCUGCUACAGACCUGGCAAGCACAAGUAUCAACUGGUCAACGUAUCCUCACUCUGUCAUCGCCCUAGCAGAUUUUGGACUUUCUCGCCGUAUAGCGCCAGGCGAGCAGCUGGAAACACGAUGCGGCUCGGACGAUUAUGCCGCGCCCGAAGUCAUCAUGGGCCAGCAGUACGAUGGACGAGCCACGGACGCCUGGUCCCUCGGAGUUCUUCUCUACGCAUUGCUCGAAGCUCGACUUCCCUUUGACCCCCAUCCCGGUAUGAGCGAUGCCCACCGCAUGCGCAGCCGCACCAGUCACCGUAUCGCGCGCGUAGAGUGGCGCUGGGUCGAGUAUGCCGGCGAUGACGGAGACCACGAGGGCGACGAAGCCAAGUUUGAGCAUGCCGGCUUGCUCGGCGCGAUGCGCAUUGCGGAGGGCCUACUGCGACGCGCACGCAGCCGCUGGACCCUGGAAAAGGUGGCUGCCGAACCUUGGGUUGCCAAUGCGCUUUGCAUUGACGGAGGCAUUCGCUUCAGAGAAGAAGACGCAGGAGAGGAGGUUUCAUGA